AUUGUCCCGCGACUAGGAUCAACGCCAACGCGAAAAUGCUUGUUUCCUGAUUGUGCCACAAGCUGGCAGCGCCGUAGACACAUCGCCGGGGUUGUUGCCACUGCUGAUUGGCAGCCUGGUCGAAGAAGCAACGUUCUCUAUGUCCACCCUUCUACCUUCACACCCUGUCCUGUGACUCUGUAGAACCUAUGAGAUGCAUAUGCGCAGUAGGGUGAGACCGAACUGGCCGUGUCAGGGUUUCGGGGGACAUUCUAUACCGAGUGACAGCCAUUUUCUGAACAGUCCCCUUUCAAAUCUUGAGUCCGAGGUGCUGCUGCCUGUUCUGUGUCUUCCGUCGCAAUCAUCGACCCGCUGGUGGCAUUUCCAGGAUGCCCUUGAGUAGUCACGCCAGAACCGUCCGUUGUACUUGUCAUUAUUCGGUGAAUAACACAACCUUUGGCCAUUCCAGGACAACUCUGCAUUCAUCAUUACAGGACCUGCUACCCCACGCCAAACCUCGCCGGCAUGCCUCGGCACCAUGCAUGGAAUUCACCCUUUGAAAACCAACGUCGUGUUUCGGACGCCUUCUUGGAAUCGCGGCGAUGGGAGCCCGACGAGUGCAUCUAGUCCGGUCGUUCGCUGGAAUUCGCGCAACGAGGUCUUCAGACGCUUUUCAGACGAUGCGACGGAGGACGAUGUCCAAGUAACCGGGACAACAUUCACGAAAGCCGAGACGGCUUACAAGAAGGCUGUGAAGUCCUUAGAAUCCUAUCUCAACAAGGAAGAUGUGGCUACCGUCAUAUCUAAGGGCAAGAACGGCAAGGAAAUCGAUGCCAAGGAAGAGCUACAUCAGGUCGUUCGGACGAUCCAGAAGACCAAGGAAACAGAGCUAGACGAGGGAAAGACGAAGAAGCUCAUCAAGUGUUUAGACCAUUACCAGGGCGUUUUCGAUAUUUUAUCGCAGGCAGAGUUCUCGGGCUUGCCGCUAAUUUGGGGUGGUCUGAAAUUCAUACUCCUAGUGACGAAGAACAGCAGCGAAGUCCUCCCCAAGGUAGUCGAUGUGAUGAUUGAUAUUGGCCGGAAUCUUGAGAGGAUACGAGGAUAUGCGGCCUUAUACCCAACUCCACGGAUGCUAGAGUUCACGAGCGAACUCUACGCUGCCAUUGUGGAGUUCCUAGAGAAGGUUAUCAAGGAUGCGAAGAACGCAGAGAAGAAUAUUAUCAAGCGUACGAUGGCGGCUUUCCUCCAACCUUUCGAGGUUCGGUACGGCGACCUACUGUCCAAGAUGAAGAACACCCUCAUGCACAUCCGCGAGGACGCAGAGCUGUGCCUACACGUACGACAGGCCCUGACGAGCCAUGCGAUAGACAGAUACCGGACGGUGUUGCCGCUGCAACGACAUCAGAUGCAUCAAGCCUUCAAGUCCAUCUCCGACAACCCGACGGCAGACCUGUUCCAGGCGAUACGGAAGAACCUGUUUAAAAAGUUCGAGGUCAAAGCAGGAUUUCACCAGGAACUGCAAGCCACGUACGAGGUCACGACGUCAAAGGAAUGGAUUGAGUGGUUCCGGAUGGAGCAGAAAUAUGUGCCGUCGGGGUACUCCCACCAGACGAGAGUCAUACAGGCGGAGUGCGAUGCCCCGGAUCCCCAGCACGCGCUGGUCUGGAAGAAACAGCAGCGCAACUUCGCAUCCCACGUGCCAUCGGCAUAUCUGAUCUGGACGCGCGGGAUGACGGCGCAGUCGGCCAUCGCCUCGCUCGUAGACCAGAUACUGGUCCAAAAGACGGAAGUCAUGGCCGACGCGGGCAUCGAGAUGAACCAGUUCAAGGAGGCCAACAACAGCGUCAAGUCGCUUUGGAACUUCUUCCUCUAUCUGACGACGGUUCUCGGCGGCUGCAUGGUGUACAUUACCAUCGGUUCCGUGGGCGACCACGAGUUCGGCAUCGUGAGGAAGUUUGUCAGCAUGGCCAAGACGUGGAAGGGCCCGCCCAUCAACGUGACGCUGAUCCAUCCGUUCAACGACAACUUUGCGCGGACGGACGAUGUCGUCAACCUCGAUGAUAAGUACGACGUCCAUCCUUCUCUCACGACGACGGACGCAAUGCAUCACGUGCUGCUGUUGGAGAUCAACACAACAAGAAAGGUCUCGGACACGAUACAGAACCUCCUAUGGGAGACGGCGUGGCGAGAGGUGCGAUACGCCGUCAUCGGCAUCGCGCUGACGCAGGUAUUUGAGCAGAUACGGUCCGCCGCGACGAGGGCUGCCCAAGAGGCGCCCCGGAGGGAGAAGUUCUUCGGCGAGAUAGAUUCCGAGCACUGGGAAGCCGCAGUGGCGAAAUGGAUUUCCAACGAGUCGUGGAUCAACAUCUUGCGAGAGCAGAUUCAACGACACAUCGAUAUAGUCGAUAUUCAUCUGCCCCCUGAUAGGAAGGAGCAUCUGGAAAGCAGGUUGGGGCUGUUGGUGCUCGCCGAAGAUGGCGAGUUCGGCUCGAAGCUAUCGGAAGCGCAGCGGGCGUACAUAUGGGCGAACCUGCAAGAAGCGAUCCGGCCCGGCACAGGCGAGAUGUUCUGUAGCAAAGUAGACGAGCUCCUACGAGCGCUGCUGGAAGACUACCGCGACGCCAUCUCAGGAAAGGAGGGAGAGGCGGAGGGGUUGUCUUACCCUCUCGUCAACGCGUAUUUCGGGAAGAGCGGGCGGUGGAGGGACACAUUCUCCGAGGAGCAGAAUUUGGUGGCGGACGGGAUCACGACUGCAAUUGAGGUUGGUUUUCGGGAUUUGAUCCAGGCGCUGGCAUCGCAGGGAGAUUCGACAUAAAUAGCAUGAUACAUUCUUUG